UGUGGAGCCAUCAUGACCGCGUUUGCUGUAAAAUUAGAAACUCCGCCAUUUUCCAACAUGGCUGAGUUGGCAGCCAGAGAAGACUACAAGAUCGGCUAUGAUUCAUCAAGCAUUACUGAAAACAUUCUUCAGAAUUCAAAGAAAUCAGAUGUCAGGACAAUCAAAAGAAGAGUUCAUGAGUUAUCUACAAGAGACCCGGAUGUACACAGCACAAACGGCACCAAGCAUCUGCAGAGAGUCUGGGAGGGAAAAUAUGCUUAUAUGACAGAUUUAUUACUUACAGGCUUAAACAAUGCAAGCUGCAAACUUAAAGCCAUUAACACGAAAAGUGGAAGGGCUUUCAUCGCUUUUCAUGUUCCAAGGUGGUCACCUUUCAAACAGGAUUUCCUGAACAGCAUGUCCUAUCUCAGCGAUAGUGGUUUGCUGCAUCGAGCCUUUCAAGAAUGGUUCCCACCCACUUCAGAUGAUGGAUGUUCUAAAGACGACUUCCCUAAAGCUGUGUCUCUGGCAAAGAUCCAGAGUAUCUUCUUGGCCGUUGGAGGCGGGGUGGUCUGCGGCUUUAUGAUCCUGGCGGCAGAGACUGUUUGGUAUAAGAUACAACAGAAACUGUCUAAAGAAUAAGUGAGUUCUCCUGCAGUAGUCGACUAUUUAAGGUUUGUUUGGUGUUCUUUAACGCUGACUCAGCAAUACAUGACGGCGGUCUGUAGAUAAUAGAAUAUUCAGACAAUCCAGUCAU